CUGCCUCUUUCGCUUUUACGGACAGCGCAAAACCAUCCCAUGGUAAGGGUUAGAUACUCACAUUCUGCAAAAAGAGAGGCCUCUUUUCUUUGGUUUUCUACGUCCUUGUACUUGUAGCUUGGACCAAGCUAUAUAAAUGUUUCCUUUUCUUCCCAGUUGGUAGAAUUGAAAAAUGGUGAGACGUACAAUGGACAUCUUGUAAGCUGUGACAACUGGAUGAACAUCAACCUUAGAGAGGUCAUUUGCACUUCCAGGGUGAGUCAUUUGGUCGAGCAGGGGCCCCUCGAUCGUGCGAGAUUUGUUUUCCAGACUAACAUGUACAUGUUUCUGGGAAAAUCGAAUGGUCUGUGCGCGUAGUCCAGUCUGCAGAGCAUGGCUUUUGCACACGCACUCUCAAUGCACAUGCCAAAAUCUUAAGAUUACGUGUGGUUGAACGUCUUUUUGCAAUAGGGUGACAUGGAGAAACCAUAUUGUUUGCAAUUCUUACAAUAACUGAGCGAAUCUUCGCGCGCUGAUUGGUCGAAGGGCUAUGGUCUAUGAGAGUAUAGACCAUGGAAGUGACAUAACUUGUCCCGCAGUGCCGGUGGUUUUGUUUUUGGUUUUUUGUAAAAGAAAUAAAUGUUAUUGUAAAAAACAAAUUGAUCACAAUUUCCCAUGGUCUACACUCCUAUAGACCAUAGAAAUGAAGCCAUAAAAUGUUCAAAACUUUGCAGUGAAACCCCUCACCUGCAGCUCUUGGUUCCACUUGUGUUUUGAACAUUUUAUGAUGCCAUUUCUACGGUCUAUACUAGUGUAUACCAUGGAAAAUUGUGGUCUAUUUGUUAACUAGCAAUUCAGUUUACAUGCAGUGCAGCUUGGGAAAAAUACCUCUGUACACUUGAGAUCUUGAUGAGUUCUGCCAAACUCUGUUGGCAGAGUGGCAUGCGGUAGGGUUAGUAGCCUGAGAAAACAGCCAACAUAUCGUGAUGCCACCACUGGUUUCGCUGCUAAAUAACGUCUGAGAAAUAACUACAGAAAUUCUAUACUGAUGACAUGGCAUCACCCAGGUCUGGGUAGUGCUAGUGACUGGUUGUGCCGCGAGAGAAAUUUGCUUCAACCAGUUGGAAGCACUUCCCAGAUCUGUGUAGUGACGUGUCAUCAGUAUGGAAUUUCUGCAGUCAUUACUCAGAUAUCUCUUCAUGGGGAAACCAGUGGCAACGUCACGAAAUGUUGGCCGUUUUCUCAGGCCGUAGGGUUAGCUGUUUAAUACGUGAUGAUAAUAACAGUUAACAGCAAAAUUAGUGGUUUAAAUGCGAGGAAGGUGUAUAUCCUUUGAGAAUUCUUUUUGUUCCGUUGAGGUUGUUGGUAUAACAUGGCUUGUUUUUGUCUUUUUGUUUUCUCUUUCCUGUAGGAUGGUGAUCGGUUUUGGAGGAUACCUGAAUGUUAUGUGAGAGGUAGCAAUAUAAAAUAUCUCAGGAUUCCAGAUGAGGUACAAAAUACAGUCAAAAUCCUCACUUCCUUACGUUACUGGCUCUUUGUCAGUUAUUGAUUUUCAUUUGUCUUACUUGAAGGUGAUAGACAUGGUAAAGGAUGAAAUGGUUAAGCAAGGAAAGGGCAGAGGCACAGGGAGACCAGGUAAAAUCGUGCUCAAUAAUCCAUUGUUUGUUUUAGGGGUUACUGUGUCAUCCAAUUUCCUGUCCUCUUAAACUGGAAGUCUUUUUUGUGUACCUCAAGCCUUUACAUGUAGGGGUGAACUCAAACAAGAGAGAGUUAAUAUAUGGCCCUACUAAAUACAAUGCUGAGUUUUUAGGUGUAAUUUUAAGUAGUUUUUUUGACAUUAUAAAUAAAUAAACCUUUUUUCAAACUUCAAGUCUAUCACGUACAUCUGAACAUCUGUUAUUUAAUACAGCAAAAUGAUGAUAGACUUUCAUUGCUCUAUAGCAAUACAGUCGACUCUCCCGUAACAGACACCUCUAUAAGACGGAGACCUCUGUAAAACGGACACUUAGAGUUGGUCCCUGCCUUUCUUUACUCAUUUUGUUUGACUCUCUAUAAGACGGACGCACUUAGUGCCGGUCCCAAAGGUGUCCGUCUUAGAGAGAGUUGACUGUAUUAUUUUGAUGCAUUAAAAGAUGUUCUUCUGGUCAUUUUGUCAUUUUACAGGGCGUGGUGGCCGAGGUGGAGGUGGUGGAGGUGGACGCGGAGGCCACAGUGGUGGUGGAGGAGGCGGAGGUGGAAGAGGUGGUUCAUUCGGUGGGCGUGGUGGGGGCAGAGGAGGAGGGGGUCAGAAAAGGAAUAGAGAUGACAGUGCUGGCAGAUAA